AUGUCUACACUCAUACAAACAGACCGUUAUUCUGCCUCCUAUAGACAUUACCAGAAUAACGAAAGAUCCAAUCCUUUGCAAUACACAAAUACACAGGAUGAAAUCAAACAGUCGGCGCGCGUGAUAGAGUCGACGCCGACGAGCGUGACGGUGCGCUCGGUGUCGGAGCCGAGCGAAAUACAUCUGCGGCUGGUGCGCGACGGCGUCACCACCAUGGAGGCCAUGCUGCGCGCCGCCGCACAGCGCUGGGCGCAGCGCCCCUGUCUCGGCACCCGCACCGUGCUCGGCGAGCGCGACGAGCUCCAGCCUAACGGACGAGUCUUCAAAAAGUUCAAGAUGGGCGAGUUCGUGUGGCGGUCGUUCAGUGCGGUGGAGGCGGAGGCGCGCCAGUUCGCACUGGGGCUGCGCGAGCUGGGCUGUGCGCCGCGCACCAACGUCGUCAUGUUCGCCGAGACCCGCGCCGAGUGGAUGAUCGCCGCGCACGGCUGCUUCAAGCAGAGCAUACCGGUGGUAACAAUCUAUGCGACCCUCGGCGACGAGGCGAUCGCGCACGGCAUCAACGAGACGGAAGUAUCCACGGUGAUCACGACGCACGACCUGCUGCCCAAGUUCAAGAAGAUCCUGGCCAAGACGCCCAAGGUGAACACCAUCAUCUUCAUGGAGGACCAGCUCAAGACCACCGACCGCGAGGGCUACAAGGAGGGCAUCAAGAUCUACGGGUACAAGGAGGUCGUCGCCAAGGGCGCGCAGUCCAAGAUCGAGUCAGUGCCGCCCUCCCCGGCAGACACCGCCAUCAUCAUGUACACGUCGGGCUCCACGGGCGUGCCCAAGGGCGUGGUGCUCUCCCACCGCAACAUGGUGGCCACGCUGAAGGCCUUCGCGGACGCCAUCCCCGUGGCCAAGGGAGACGUGCUCAUGGGCUUCCUGCCCCUCGCACACGUCUUUGAGCUGCUCGCCGAGAACGUCUGCAUACUCGCCGGCGUGCCGAUCGGGUACUCGACGCCGCUGACGAUGCUGGACACCUCCAGCAAGAUCAUGAAGGGCACCAUGGGCGACGCCACCAUUCUCAAGCCCACCUGCAUCACCUCCGUGCCGCUGAUAAUGGACCGCAUCAGCAAGGGCAUAACGGAGCGCGUGGCGAACAGCGGCGCGUUCGCGGCGGCGUUCUUCAAGUGGGCGUACAUGUACAAGCUGCGGUGGGGGCGGCGCGGGUACGGCACGCCGCUGCUGGACCGCGUCGUGUUCGCGCGCGUGCGCCGCCUGCUGGGCGGACGUCUGCGCCUCGCCAUCUCCGGCGGCGCCCCCCUCGCGCCCGACACGCACGCCCAGGUGCGUCUCUGUCUCUGCUGCGACGUCGUCGUCGGCUACGGCCUCACCGAGACCACCUCCUGCGCCACCGUCAUGUGCCCGCACGACACCUCCACCGGCCGCGUCGGCGCCCCCGCCACCGGCGUCGACCUGCGCCUCGUCGACUGGGAGGAGGGCCACUACCGCGUCGCCGACAAGCCCUACCCCCGGGGCGAGGUCGUCGUCGGCGGCGAGAGCGUCGCCGAGGGCUACUACCGCAACCCGGAGAAGACGCGCGACGAGUUCCUCGAGAUGGACGGCCGCCGCUGGUUCCGCUCCGGCGACAUCGCCGAGCUGCACCACGACGGCUGCAUCAGGAUCAUCGACCGCAAGAAGGACCUGGUGAAGCUGCAGGCGGGCGAGUACGUCUCGCUGGGCAAGGUGGAGGCGGAGCUGAAGACGUGCCCGCUGGUGGAGAACAUCUGCGUGUACGGCGACAGCAGCAAGACGUACACGGUGGCGCUGGUGGUGCCGCAGCCGCGCUUGCUGGCCGAGCUGGCGGCGCGCCUGGGCCGGCCCCUCGCGCCCGACACGCCCGACUCCCCCGCCGCGCUCGCGGACAUGUACGCCGACCCCGCGCUCGAGCAAGCCGUCGUGCGCGAGCUCGCGGACCACGCACGCAAAUGCGGACUGGAGAAGUUCGAGGUGCCGGCGGCGGUGAAGCUGUGCACGGAGGUGUGGUCCCCCGACAUGGGGCUCGUCACCGCCGCCUUCAAGAUCAAGCGGAAAGACAUCCAGGAGCGCUACAAGGACGACAUCAAGCGCAUGUACGCCUCCUGAGUGCACCUCAGCACCCACGCCCACACCCACACCCACACCUCACAUACAACAUCUUAACUCAAAUAUUAUAAAAUAUUUAAACAAAUCUUGUAGCGCAUGUGUAAAUUUGAACAAUCCUCAAAAUUCAAAAUGUGACAUAUUCUCUCGAAAUAUAUGUUGUAUGUGAAGGUGUAGAGAGCGGGGAGAUGGGAGACGGGAGACGGGAGACGAGGUCGCCGCUACUUAACAGUUCUCGUCGAUUGAUUGUAAAGCGGGUCAUGUUGUCGAUGUGUCGAUGUUUAUCUACAAAGUAAAUUUAAUCGAGUCGAUUUCUAUAAAUAUUAUCUCCAAAAGUGCCAGUUUUACUGUCAGCCCUGACGCCGGCACUGAUCUCCAUUCGAUAUCGACCUCUUUAGUGAAUAUUUCUAAAUAAAAUCGAUAUAUGUAGAAGAAGCCAACGUUGGCGCGUCGCACGUUUACGAUCGCUUUUGUGAAAUUAUUAAAAUGAUUAUUUUUAAUUAGUAUUUUGGCGUCGGUUCGUCUGUAGAAGAUGUAUUUUGUAUGUAAAUUAUGAAAGUCCAUCGGGACAAUGUUUAGUCGUGAUGUUUGCAGGAUGAUGUGUAUAUUGUGCAUUAAGCAUUCAAUAGCGAAUAUGUUAAAAUUGUGUAUCGUGAGGGAAUCAAACGUUCUUGUCAAAAUUGUUAUCAAUAAAGUUCGUCUGAGAUUCGAUCGGUUCUAAGUUUCUAUUUUAAAAAUGUAUAAGCUCCUGUACAUAAUUAUUUAUAUGUAAACAUUUAAAAUUGUAGUGUUUUGUGAUUGUGAGCGAGACGGAUGCUCGGGGACGAGUUGCGUGUCUUGUCACAAUUCAUUGAGAUUUACCUUUUAUUAUAAAUAAACGUUAAAGUAAUAGUAAUAAAGAUCUGAGUUCAUCUCGCGGCAACAACUUGAGCACGAUUCCUUACAAUAAGUUAUAUAAAUAUUUAGUGUAAUGAAGAUGUAACGGAGGUGACGAGUUGUAAUGUACUGAUGUACUGAUGUACCGAACAAGCUGUAAAUAUUGGCCUACUGUUUCAAAUGUCUAGUUUAAGGAAGCGGAGGCGACAUGUUUCAUUUUGUAUAAGAAAGCGAGUGCAGCGGCUCGGUCGCACCGUUACUAGUAAUCAACACUUUUAAAAAAAA